AUGACGGACUGGAGGCAUACUUUGCAACGUGUUAAAGAACAUGAAAAUAGUAAAACUCAUGAAAAUUGUGUAAAUUGUCAUAUGCUCAAAUCUAAAGGCAAAGAUAUUUAUAAUUUAAUGUUCACAAAUGAAGGAAGCAUACGUCAGAAAAAUAUUAUUGAACGAAAACAAGAAUUGGAAAGAAUUAUAGAUGUUGUAAAAUUAAUUGGAAAAAGAGGAUUAGCUUUUUGCGCUCACCAAUCUGAAUCUGUUUCUUCACUUUCAAUUGCAAAUAAUCAAAAAGACCAUGGUAAUUUUUUAGAAAUAAAAUUUCUACUCUCUAAAUAUAACGCUGUUUUAAAAUUACAUUUAUCAAGAGUCAUCAAAGAAAAAAAGAAAAAUAAUGAAACAUCUGCGGUAACUAAAGGUAGAGGCAGUUUCAUUUUAUUAAUUUCAAAAUCUACUAUUAACCAGGUAAUUUUGGCCAGUGGAAAAUUAAUUCAAGAUAGCAUUUUGUUAGAUAUACAGGAAGCAGGUAUUUUUUCUUUGCAAAUUGACACCACACAGGAAAUAACACAAAAGGAUCAGUGCUCAAUUGUUGUCCAAUAUGUAAAGGGAAAUAUUUAUGAACGUGUAGUAGCUGUUUUAAAUUGCAAAUCGUCUACAGGGAAAGACAUGUGA